AUGGUAGAGAAGCAUGCAAAAGAUGACAUGAUAGCUUCUGGUGGGCAAGCCUAUGAAAUGGAAUUACCGUCUAUAAAAAACAAACGUCGUUUUGUUAGCGUUGAUUUCAAUAUUCCAAAUAGAAAUGUUUUAUUCGACGAUUUCAUUGAUGCAGAGCAGUCAUCAUUUGAAGAAAUAGGUGGCAUUGUUUCAAAUAAAGACGAUUCGACGUUGUCAUGUUUAACAGUUCGUAGCUGGACAAUCGGCAUUUUGUUUACUGUUUUAAUGGCAGGUCUGUCACAAUAUCUAUCUUUUAAAACAACUUAUUAUUUUCCAACGUAUCUGGUUUUGCUGCUGUCACAUCCGAUAGGUAACUUUUUAGCAUGGUGUUCGCCAAAGAAAAAGUUCAGAAUUCCUUUUUUUGGUAUUCAUUCACUGAAUCCCGGAAAAUUUACAAUCAAAGAACAUGCAGUCAUAUUUUCAAUGGCCGUAACGGCACAAAUAGACAUUAGCGCAAUCGAGACCAUCGCGUCUCGUCAAGUUUACGAUUCUGUAAAGACAGGCUUUGGUAUUGGACUAAUGUUUGUUUUAUCAUCUCAAAUUCUUGGUUACGGAAUGGCAGGUAAAAGAUGA